AUGGCGAAGCUGCCCUCUAUCAAGACCACCCAACAACCACCAUUCGAAAUGAAGUUCAUCGCUGCCGCUCUUGUCCUCGCCGCCUCGGCCGUCGCUGCUCCCUCCGAGAAGCGCACCGAGGCCUGCACCUUCGGCACCUACCGGUGCACCACCCCCAACACUGGUAUCGAGAUCUGCAACGUCCAGAACCAGUGGGCGCUUGUCGGCGACUGCCCCGGCGACACCUCGUGCUCCAACCUCGCCCAGAACGGCUACGAGCUCCCCUUCUGCACCAACAACGCCCCCAAGGUCAAGGCCCGCAACGGCCGUCCCGGCCAGAGCCCCGGCGAGAGGUGCCAGACCCCUGGCAAGUACGACUGUUUCGGCCCCUACGCCAUCCAGGUCUGCGACACCCAGAACAUCCUCCAGUUCGUCGGCAGCUGCGCCGAGCGCUCCCACUGCGCCUACCUCAACGGCAUCCCCUACUGCGUUGACAGCGUCUAA